CUUUCCACAACCAUGGCAACCAAAUUCCCUCUCAAUCUAACACAGCGACAUGUGAUGACAGACGGUUCGUUUUUUCUGCUAUGUACUCAGGAAUAUUUUGCUGUCAAACUCAGUCAAUCAUUAGAUAAAGAAUUUUGGGACCCUUCACAAGCUGACAAACUUCAAUAAGUUUCCGAAAAGAAAAAUAUAUAUUUGGUUUCAUUAGCUAUAAAAAAGUGAUUGAAGAGUGAAAUUGAAAACGGAAAUAAGUGCUUUGCCAUGCAAUUAUUGACGAUACUUUUCAGUGAUUUUGCUCUGGAGGAACAAAAUUGAUGUGCAACAGGAUGGCAUUUUCCUCUAGAGGAUUUCAUGUUUAAUAGGUGUACGGUACGCAGCCUCGUUUUUCUAUAACAAUAACGCUUCAUCGCUCCGCUCAUAACAAAAGAUGAAGUGGAUCAAUUUCUUCCUCAACUUUCUCAUAGUGCUAGGAAUGCUCUUCACCUGCACCUAUACUUUAUGUAGAAAAGAACAUCUGCACAAAGCGAAGCGAAGUGUUUUCUAUGUUAAACUCAACUCCAGUGAAAGACAAUUGAAGGAGAGCGUGGAAAAACCUUCGAUAACGACCAACGAACAAGAUGCUCCUCGUACCCGGCCGUAUUUUAGUAUCCCCAAAAAAGCGAGCGUUGCGUUCGACCCGUCAAAGUAUAUCUGCACUGAGUCUAACUCCACCGAAUGUGCCAAUAAGACGCAAAUAUUCAAGGCGAAAAUAAUUUCUGAAUUCAAAAAGGUGCUGAAAGAAUCGUUCGAAGAGAACAAUUAUUACCAAGUGCAGUAUGAACGAACGAAAGGACCCGAAAGCGAACUUUGCCGUUUAAAAGAAGCAACGGUUAGGACCAUUACCUGGAGGGAUCCACCAUUCGAUUGGAAUGAGCUUGGAAGCUACAUUCCGGUGCAGCCAUUGUUUAGCCAGAAAAAUGCCUCUUGUGCAGUGAUUGCCAGUGCUGGAUCACUGAAAGGUUCCGGACUCGGCAGUUUCAUCGAUCAGCAUGAUAUUGUGAUGCGCUUCAACCAUGCACCCACAAAAAAGUUCGAGAAAGAUGUCGGAACGAAGACCACCGUGCGGGUCGUGAACUCCCAAGUGGUGACUAAGCCGGAGUUCAAACUGUUGACAGCCAAACUGUUUCGUAAUAUUUCAAUAGCCGCGUGGGAUCCGGGGAAAUUCAACCAAAGACUUAGGGAUUGGAUAAAAGAACCCGAUUUUAAUCUGUUUGAAAAUUUUAAAAAAUUUCACGACAAAUAUCCAGGGGCAAAUUUUCAUUUGAUUGACCCGCGAAGUAUUUGGCGAGCAUGGACAGCACUGCAAGAUAAAACGGAGGUUAAAAUAAUGCAAAACCCUCCAACGUCAGGUUUUAUCGGACUUGGACUUCUUAUACCCGUUUGUCGUUAUGUGGAUAUGAUUGAGUAUAUCCCCAGUAGUAGAAUGAACGGACUUUGCCAUUAUUAUGAUUCAGAGAUCAAUUCCGUGUGCACUUUCGGCUCGUGGCAUCCACUUGCGGCAGAGAAAUUAUACGUUCUGCGCAUGAACUCAGCUAGUGAUUUUAAUACGUUUCAGCAGGGAAUUGUACGCAUGAAGCUAACGGGUGAUGAUGAGUGUUAAAUUCUGACAUAAACUGUACAAAGACCGUCUGGCACUUUAGCCUAGGAUGAUAGGUAUAUGAUCAAGUAAUCGAUACGUUAGAAUGCCAAGGAUAAGCGUGAUUUCCUUCUAAAUGCAACUGCCCGCGCUCGAGUCAGUGUGUUUGUGUUCGAUUCGAAUGCGAUAAAUUAUAGCAUUAUAGAUAAAGCUCAAAGAGCAAAUAGUUGUGUUCGUCAGCGAGUUUAUUAAAUAUGAAUGUUCAAAACUGUAAGUUUCAUAUGACAACAAUAUAUACAUAAAAAAAAUCAUUAUAAAACAUAGACAAUGACAAUAAAUUUACAAUGAGUAAGAAAUCGAAAAGUU